CAAAUAAUGGGGGUGUUUAGGAGUUUCAUAUUUUUGUUGUCUUUUCAGCUUCUGUAUGUGGCAAACGGUUCCAUGGUGUGGUUAAAUCAGACUGGCUAUGAGGAUUUGGUUGUUGCAAUUAAUCCCAGUGUGCCAGAAGAUGCCAACAUCAUCCUGAACACAAAGAGAAUGAUUAAAGAUGCUUCUAAUUAUUUGUUUGAAGCUACAAAACAUCGAUUUUUCUUCAAGUCUGUAAAAAUUAUAAUUCCUAAAACAUGGAAGAAAAAUGGCAACUAUUCAAGAUUAAAAACAGAAUCAUAUAACAAGGCAGAUGUCAUCAUAGCAGACCCUUUUCUGAAAUAUGGAGAUGAUCCCUAUACCUUGCAGUAUGGAGGAUGUAAGGAGAAAGGACGGUACAUCCAUUUUACACCUAACUUCCUGUUAAAUGACGGUUUGGUUAACGUUUAUGGAGAAAGAGGUAGAGUUUUGGUCCACGAGUGGGCUCACCUUCGCUGGGGGGUGUUCGACGAAUAUAAUACUGAUGCACCUUUUUAUGUGUCCAUAAAUUCUGAAAAAGCAAGUGUUGAAGCAACAAGGUGUUCAGCUGGUGUCAUAGGUAAGCCUGUGUUCCAAAGCUGCAGUGGAAACAAGUGUGAGGAAAGAGACUGCAAAUAUGAUGGUCAGCUAUAUGAAGCUGGAUGUAAAUUUGUAGCAGAUAAAACUCAAAAUCACACAUCUUCUAUUAUGUAUAUGCAAAGCUUACCUUCUGUGGUUGCAUUUUGUGAUAGUAACACUCACAAUGGUGAGGCUCCAAAUAUGCAGAAUAAGAUGUGCAACUACAAAAGCACAUGGGAAGUAAUAAUGGAAUCUGAGGACUUUAUCAACUCGUCUGUUGUAAAUGGUUCUGCACCCCCUUUCGAGACCACCUUCAGUCUAUUGCAGACCCAAGACAGAGCAGUCUCAUUAGUAUUGGAUGUUUCUGGGAGCAUGGCAUCGUAUAACCGCAUCAAACAUCUCUAUAAAGCUGCAGAGGUAUUUCUGCUCCAAAUUAUUGAAGUUGGUUCCUGGGUUGGAAUUGUCACAUUUCAUUCUUCUGCAUCUAUACAAAGUUCUUUGCAACAAAUAACCAGUGAUGCAGUACGUCAAAAUCUUGUUAAAAAAUUACCUACAAUAGCUAAUGGAGGAACCAAUAUCUGUGCAGGUGUACGGACAGGACUGCAGAUAAUUAAAAAUCAAAUCAGUGUAACAUAUGGGUCAGAAAUUGUGUUGCUGACAGAUGGAGAGGAUUCAGGUAUGGCAGCUUGCCGUAAUGAAGUGAAACAAAGUGGAGCAAUAAUUCAUACCAUUGCACUGGGUGAAGCAGCAGCCAAAGAAUUAGAAGAAUUUUCAACGAUAACAGGAGGUUUACAACUUUAUGCUAUAGAUGAAGUCCUCCCCAGUAAACUAAUUGAGGCAUUCAGUGCAAUUACAUCAGGAAGUGGAGAUAUUUCUCAACAGUCUAUUCAGCUUGAAAGCAAACAGAUAGACAUUAAAUCUUAUGAAUGGAUUAAUAGUACUGUGACCAUUGACAAAACUGUGGGAAAUGACACUUUCUUCGUCAUUGCAUGGAGUGCCACGAAGCCAUUUUUCUUUCUGAGGGACCCUAAAGGAAAAGAGUAUGGAAGUUCAGACUUCACAUUAGAUAAUUUAAACUCAAAUGCAGCUAGACUCAGUAUAAAUGGCACUGCAGAGGUCGGAGAUUGGCAUUACUAUAUUAGAAAUGAGGGUACAACAACUCAAAAUAUAUCAGUAACAGUUACCUCUCGAGCAGCAUCUUCUGUUGUUCCUCCUGUGAACGUGGCAGCUUACAUGAAAAAGGCAAACAUUGCACCAAAUCCAGUUGUUGUUUAUGCAGAGGUUAGCCAAGGGUUCUUGCCUGUUCUUGGUGCAACUGUGAUAGCUACCGUAGAGAAGGAUGGUGUUACACCAGUAAGCCUUCAACUUCUUGAUAACGGUGCAGGUGCUGACACAGUCAAGAAUGAUGGAGUCUACUCAAGGUAUUUUACUUCUUUAAAAAGCGGUGGAAGGUAUAGUCUAAAAGUCAGCGCCCAAGGGAGAAAUACGACUGUCAGACUUGGCCUUAGGCAAAAUCGAGCCUUGUAUGUACCAGGCUACAUAGAAAAUGGUAAAAUUCAGAUGAAUGUACCAAGACCUGAAAUUGCCGAUGAAGACGUCCAAGCCAAGCUGGGAAGUUUCAGCAGAACUUCAACAACUUCUCUUGUACUGGAUAACAUUCCAACAGUAGGUUUUCCACCCUGUAAAGUUACAGACCUUGAUGCUCAUAUAGAAAAUGAAACAGUAGUCUUGUCUUGGACAGCUCCAGGAGAUGACUUGGACAUUGGAAGAGCUGUCCAAUACAUAAUAAAAAGCAGUGACAAUCUUCUGGUCCUAAAAGAUGAAUUUGAUAAUGCUACUUCUGUGAAUUCCUCUGAUCUCACACCUCAGGAGGCUGGUAGCGAAGAAACAUUUAAAUUUAAACCAGAAAAUUUGAGAAUAGAAAAUGGUACCAUAAUCUACAUCGCCAUGCGUGCCAUUGAUAAUGAAAGCUUGACUUCAGACAUGUCUAACAUAGCAAAAGCCACGUGGUACAUCCCUCCAAAAGCAUCUGAGCCUUCAGGCGGCGGUGGAGGCAGCAGCAACGGCGUUAACAUUACACUAAUAGUGGCAAUUGUAGCUGGAUGUGUUGUAGUUGUCUGUGUUAUUGUAAGUUUGUCUGUCUGUGUUGUACAAAAACAAAGGAGAAGGAAUCCUGCAAUCAGAAUAUGA